AUGUCUCUGACCAAGGCAGAGAGGACCAUCAUCCUGUCCAUGUGGGACAAGAUCUCCACUCAGGAGGAUGCCAUUGGCACUGAGGCCCUGGAGAGGCUCUUCACCAGCUACCCGCAGACCAAGACCUACUUCCCGCACUUCGACCUGCGCCCCGGCUCCGUGCACCUGCGCGUGCACGGUGCCAAGGUGGUGGCCGCCCUGGGCGAUGCGGUCAAGAGCAUCGACAACGUCGCGGGCGCCCUGGCCAAGCUGAGCGAGCUGCACGCCUACAUUCUGCGCGUGGACCCCGUCAACUUCAAGCUCCUGUCCCACUGUCUGCUGGUCACCGUGGCCUCGCACUUCCCCGCCGACUUCACGGCCGACGCCCACACCGCCUGGGACAAGUUCCUGUCCAUCGUGUCCUGCGUCCUGACCGAGAAGUACCGCUGAGCGCAGCCGCCCUAUGGAGGGCGGACUGCGGCCCCU